GAGGCGACCGAGCCAAUGGGGCGCGGCGGUGGCGGUGGCGGCGGCGGCGGCGGCGGAGGCGGUGGCGGCAGCGGUGGCGGCUGGGUCGGGCCCCGACGGGCGGCGGCGUCUGAGGUGGAGGCGGAGGGAGGCGGCGGCGGCGGCGGCGGCGGCGGCGGAGGGGGGAAGAUGGCGGCGCCCGUCCUGCUGAGAGUGUCGGUGCCGCGGUGGGAACGGGUGGCCCGGUAUGCAGUGUGCGCCGCCGGGAUCCUGCUCUCCAUCUACGCCUACCACGUGGAGCGGGAGAAGGAGAGGGACCCGGAGCACCGGGCCCUCUGCGACCUGGGGCCCUGGGUGAAGUGCUCCGCCGCCCUGGCCUCCAGAUGGGGUCGAGGAUUUGGUCUUUUGGGUUCCAUUUUUGGAAAAGAUGGUGUAUUAAACCAGCCAAACAGUGUCUUUGGACUUAUAUUUUAUAUACUACAGUUAUUACUUGGCAUGACAGCCAGCGCAGUUGCAGCUCUUGUCCUCAUGACCUCCUCCAUCGUGUCCGUGGUGGGGUCUUUGUACCUGGCCUACAUUCUGUACUUUGUGCUGAAGGAGUUUUGCAUCAUCUGCGUUACCACCUAUGUGCUGAACUUCAUUCUCCUCAUCAUCAAUUACAAACGACUAGUUUACUUGAAUGAGGCCUGGAAGCGACAGCUGCAGCCUAAGGAAGACUGAUGGCUGGUGGACUCCCACCCAACUGUCUCAAACACUUCUUUCAUUAAGUUUAUUUUGCAAGUUUUCUUUUUUUUUAAUUCACAACAGACACUUUCCCUGAGAAUCUUAAACUGAUUUUUUAAAAUACUGUAAAUUAGAAGGGGCCCUAGCUAUUUUCUGUGUCAAUCUUCAUUUUAAAUCCGGAUACAAAAAAGGAUACACCGAGCCAAUCAAAGACAAGCUUUAACUUUACCUUGAAGAUGUUUCUGAGAUAAUAAAAUGUAGCCCUAGCCCCCGGUCCUCAACCGUAAAGUGAGCAGCCAUUGCUAGUAAUUCUUCAAUGUGCAUAAAUUCAAUUUCAGGUAUAACAAAUGUGAUCAUGAACAUGAAAAUAUUUUAGAAUAGAUACUGUAUUAAAUAUUGCCAUGUUUACAAUAUGUAAUAUGUUUUUAGCCAAUGGAUUUAAACCUGUAGAUUCAAUUAGAGUCCAUUUGUGUGAUAUUUGUAAAUAAAGGUAGAAACAUUGGAUCCACCCCUGCAGAACGUACUGUACAGUUUAGUUGAAGUGUAGCAAGGAAGAAUUGUCAGCUCAUCGUGACUGCUAAGUAGUGGAGAUAGUAGACACCAUCAGAACACCUUGGGAAACGUUCUGACAGCCCUGGUGCGGGAUGACAGCAGAAACAGUAGGGUGCUUGGUUCCCUUCCAUCUCUCACUCUGAGAGGAAGAAGCUAAAUCUGAACAUCCAAGUCAAGUUUGACUGGUCAUAAACUGCAUGGAUCCUAACUGUUUAGGAUGUCGUGUGACCAGACUUUAAUUCUAAGGCUCUUGGGACACUGAUGGUAAGAAAUGGAUGUAGUCUUUGGAGAAAAACUGAAACCACUAUGGCAUUUCCGGGCAAAGCCUCUUAACCAGUAGCUGACCUUUCAAUACAGAUGUGUUCCCUUGAUACUGGUGCCUGUCAGCUCAACAGUAUUAGGACUGGAAUAAGCACAAGCCAAGUGCUCCAAGGUCGGUCCAUAGUGUUUCCUUUCUCAUUUCCUCUUGCACGAAGGAUUGUCAGUAAGUGUUUCAGAAUCACAUAUUGAAUUUGUAAACUUAGGGCUGAUUUGAGGACCAGUUUGCUGACUCAGAAGAAACACAACACAUAGAAAGACCUGGAAGUGAAACAUGGAAACUUUAUCCUACUCCAGUAGCCACACAGAAGCAGUGAGAAGAAACCCAGAGGUGAUCUGAAUAAACCUGAUGACAUGGUGACUGUGUUUCUCUGGUUAGCAUCUUCCAGGAGAUGUUAAAAGUGCCUUCUGUCUUAAAUCUCAAACCAAAUCAUUCUGUGUGUUGAACUGGGGCAGAAGUAUCCCUCCUUUCAUUCCUUACCAUGAAGCAGAGAACUUGCAUUCUACCAGAAGGGGCUGUGCGGCCAUCUUAUUCCUUGAGUCGAGAAGUAGUGGCAGUGUUUUUGUUUAUGAUUUAGUUAAUCAUUAUGUUAAAAAUAGGCAACUAGAUGGCAAAUUUUGGGAGCUUUUAUUUUCCGUCUUUUGGAGGGAGGGAACAGGCUUUGCUUUGUAAAGAACUGUGUGGUCAGCAAUCGUUGAGUGGUUUACAACUGUCAGUCACAACUCAUGCACCAUAUGAUUUCUGGCCCAGGGCAGGUAUAAAAUAUGAAUUGUGAUGCCCUUUUUCUUAAAAACCUGUUUCUUAAAAGACAGCUUAAUUCUGAUUUCAUCAAAGGUUGUGUUUUCCCAUGAAUGUGAACAUUUCCAUGACUGUCCUACUACGUGUGCAUUGUUGUUGUCUUCUGAAGUAGUUAAAGAAUGCACCGACUGGUAUUUAUGGAGAACCAAGUCCUUAUGGGAGAACUGUACAGUGAGGUCAUCUCAUAGCCCUUCAUUCAAGUCUCCCAAGGCAGUGGAAAUGGCUAAUAGCCAAGACUUCUGCUACUUAGAUAUCAAGGCUGUGCUAAACAAGCCCCUUGGGUCCCAAUUCCAAAGGAUCUUUUGUAUCUUUCAUCACUCAGCAGAGCCCUUAAAAGCUUGUCUUGACAUUACAGAUGUCUUCAGCACUUAUUUAAGAAAAGGGGAGAGUAUUCAUCUACUAGACCCUUCAUGGUUUCCCUCUGCUUUCCUGUCUUGAGAGUACCACCACUAUAGAUUGUAUGAAUUUUUUGUUUGUUUAUUACAUUCCUGUGACCUAAUAGAAUGAAUAACCCUUUCUCACCGAGAGUUAACAGGUGCUGUCUGAAAUAACAGUGUUUGCCGAUCAGUGUGUUCACACUUGCCUGUAGUCCUGUCACUUGGGAGGUAGAAGCAGGAGGAUCAGGAGUUCAAGGUCAUCCUUGACUACAUAGCAAAUUAGAGACCAGCCUUAGCUACAGGAGACCCUAUCUUUAAAAGAAAAAGAAAAG